GCCGAGUUCCACCACGUUAUGUAACGACUUUUUCACUUGAUCUCUUUCAUCCAGGACAGGACCGCUCUACGUAUCUGCUAUCAAUAUCAAGUUGAAUAUGGUCGUUUUCAGUAUACAUAAUUGGCGUAGCUCGUAUAGCAAGUCAGCUUGAACCGAACAGGCCCUGAUAAUUGCAAAUUACACGUAAUCGACAUCGUAGCUCUAUUAGUAGGCCUUCUUCUUUUCAAGUUGCUCUCUGUCGAGUCUUUUCAGUAUCAUGAAAGAGGCAGAGAUAGCUAUCUUCUGGGAUUAUGAAAAUUGUCCUGUGCCGAGCGGUGUAUCAGGCCAUGAAAUCGUCAACCGGAUCCGUACCCUUGCUCAUGAGUUUGGGAGUAUCAAAGUACUCAAAGCCUACACCCAACUCUCCGACCAAGCCAUUCAUUCUUCUCGUUCUGCUAUUUUACGAUCUGAACUGCAAUCUUCGGGUGUCAGUAUCACUGAUUGUCCACAUAACAACUACAAGAAUGUCGCGGACCAAAUGAUCAUAGUGGACAUGCUCGCAUUUGCGAUGGACAAUUCUUCCGGUUCUCUAUCGACACCCACGAUUAUGCUUAUCUCUGGGGAUAGAGAUUUCGCAUAUGCAUUGUCUGUGUUACGAUUGAGGAGAUACAAUGUUGUCGUUGUAGGACCUUCGACUGUUCAUUCAAGCCUUCGAGCCCAGGCUUCGAGUUUUUUCGAAUGGAAUGGGAAUGUUUUGGAUGGGCCUGGAAGAGACGUUGAUUCGUCGUAUUUACGAUCUAGCCAUUCCCGAAUUCGAUCUCGUUCCAGUAACGACGUUGUGAUGACAAUGACCAACUCCCCCCUAUCUCGUACGACGACACUCGUUACGCCCGCUUCGGGCGGUGGUUCUUGUUUUCUUUCAAACCUUCGAGCAUCCCACACUUUGAAAGAAGACUCGGGAUUUGAACAGGUUCCUCCUCCGGCUCUUGCUUCUACCUAUAGACCCUCCAGGAUGGGUCUUGCGGAGCCGUUCUCUGAGACUUCCUCUUGUUCCGUCCGACCCUAUAGUACUACUCGCCUUCAAGCGACAAGCAAAAGUCCACCAGGAUGUUCCGCUUUCACCGAGCAAUUGUUCGAACUCGAAGAACCAUUGUAUCAUAAUGAUGAGAGAACCACAAGGGCUGUCACAAACAUUUCGAAUGUUGCGGCUGCUUCUUGCUCGAAAAACACACAACCGUCGUAUUCAUCGUCUAUAGAUCCUUCGAUUCGCUCUGACAUCGAUACCAAUUCGUUCGCAACUCGAUUGACUCCAACGAAUGAACGACAUUCAAAAACCGAAGUCAUCGCCCCAACGCCAAGUCGAAAUCGAUCCCUGCCCCGUGCACCACUUCCACCGACGCCUAGACCUCGUAGUGCGGAUUCAUAUUUACCCAAGAAACUUAAACCAACUGACGUUACUCUCCGGACCACCAAAUUCUCUACUACUACUAUCGCGAAAUCUCCAAAAGCUCGAACCAAACCAUUGCAAACAGGUACUAUCAACAUUUCGGAUGAAAAUACCUCUGCCAUUGCUGUCGAAAGUUCUUCAACGUUGCCAAAACACGUUCUCAGUGGUGGAGUUAUGUUGUCUUCGUUUUCAACCCUUCCUCGUAGCGUCGUUGGGGUUCCCUCCGACAAGACGGCCCCCCCAGGGCCAGGAAUUUUAUCUUCUUGGACCCGUUCGCCAGCUGCUAGUGAUGCAUUCUCAGCAUCUCCACCUUCGUCUAUGCGUGCACCGCUGCCACCAUCGUCACCAUCGCCUUUUUCAACCCAAGACCCCUUCAUUCCACGUAACUUUCUUUUCCUUGUCCAGCAUCUCGAAAAACUCCGACUCAAAGGCACUCCAGCACCUUCUAGAUCUGACGUAUCAUUCGCCUUGAUGAAGAAAGAUAAGCAAACCUAUCAACGUGCGGGGUGUACCAAGUUCAAAGACUACACAAACAAAGCCGAGCAGCUUGGUUUGGUAAAACUCGGAGGUAGGGAAGGGGAAGCGUGGAUACAGUUGCAUCCUGAUUUACAGGGAAGGAUAGAGGUGAAUGAAUGAAGUCGAUUGUCUUUUUCUUGUCGUAGGAAAUUGGAAUCUCGGAGGAUACUUGUGUUCUCAGUUUCUUCA